AUGGGACGCUACGAGACGUUUGAUCAGAAACUACAAGCAGUUCUUAAUAGAGAACCGGAUGCUGAAGGUCAUUUUUUGUACUUGGUGGCCACUACAAAAAUAUGCUGUCGGCCCACCUGCUACUCACGAUUUCCCAAUCUUAAAAAUGUUCAGUUUUGUAACACACUAAAAGAGGCUAUCGAGCAGGGAUACAGACCGUGCAAAAGGUGCAAACCUGAAAAAAUGAGUGGCUGGAACACAACACGAGAAAAUGUAGCCAAAGGUUGCUUACUUAUAGGCAGAGCUGCAAGAGCAGGAAAGAAGCCGGACUUCGAUGCAAUAGCGCAGCAGGUGGGCGCUUCCAAAUGGCAUUUUUGUAGACUGUUCAAAAACUACACGGGAAAAACCCCCAGAAAAUACUACCUAGAGUGUCUACAGGGUAAUGAUCCUUUGAAGAGAAAGGCGCUUCCGUUGAUACGAACAAAAAAGUAUUUGCAAAGAAUGCGUCGAAAGGGUACUGACUCACAAGAUGAGGAAAGUGGUGAUCAUUCAAAUGCGGCUAUGAACGACCACUCAUCGCCAGAAGAGAUCGAAUUAUUGACUCCUGAAGAUAUACUAAAUUUUAGCUUUGAAGACAUCCCGAGUUUUUGGCAGCAGGACUGGCUUGACAACGGUGGCAGCACAAACUUAUUGGAUCCUGACACAUUUCCGUAUAAACCAGAUGGAUAUAAGCAACCCAUUGACCCUGCACUUGAUUGUCUUUUGGAUGAACAGCUCAUGCCAGGGACAGCAUAG